AUGGUAAUCGCCGGCAGCGUCACUGUCGAGGGGCACGCCUCUGCCAACGCCACCAUCGCCAUCAGCAGAUACGGCCUCGAGAUCACGGGUGGAGUGGCCGAUGUGGUGCUAGACGGCGAUAUCGUCCUGAAAAGCUCUUCGUUCGAGAUCUUCGUCGGGCGCGAGGAUGUCACACCCUUGGCGGAGCCGGGCACGUCGUUCCGGUUUGCCAUUCAGGGCGCCGUCAGCGUGGCCGGCUCGGACAUCACGGCGAGCAUGUUUCUCGACAGGGACGACAGCGGAAAUUUUCUGUGGACCGUCGUGGCCGGCUUUAAAGGCGGCUUUAAGUUGACCACCAUGGCGUCGGAGCUCGCGGAACGUUCCUGGAUCUAUCACUCGGUGACGGGGUUGACGCUCGCUACCGUGUGCUCGGCCACUUCGUCGUCAUUCGAGCUAGCCGUUCGGCUCGCAACCUCCCGUCAGAUGUCGAUGAAGAGCGGCACCGUCUUUUCAGGACCAAAGCCCGGCACUCCGGCCCGCCUGGAUGGCAUCGAUAGCGGCAUCGAAUCUGCCCAGAAGGCAGUACACGACGCCCAGACGCAAGUCGAUACCGCCGAAGCAGCAUACGAAGCCAAACUAAGCGCAGCAACGAACGCGCUGAGCGUUGAAAUGGGUGACGCCAGGGAGAUCAAAAUGCUGCUUGAUAAAACCGCAACCGAGGCCCAGGAGGCACUUGACGCUUUCGUCCCCACUGCUCAGGAGAACCUCCAAGCAGCCAGAGACGUGAGUGUCCAGAAGAUUCAGGAGGCGCAGCAGGCGGUCCAGGAUGCGCAGGCCACGGCGGGUCGCGAUAUCGACAGCCAUCUGCAGCAUUUGAAAAAGGCUAAAGAUGAUAUGAACAAGCAGUUUGAAGAUGCUAUCUCCAAUGUGCAGAGCGCCCAACGUGGUGUGGAUUCACUGCAGGGGCAGGUCAACGAUGCGCAGCGUUCGCUGGAUGACGCGCAGCAGGCUCUGGAUAAUGCAUCGUGGUGGGAGAAGAUCCCCAAGCUUUCUGCCCCACACCCCACCACGUCGACUUCGGACGCACUCCACUACGCCAUUGUGCCCGGCAAAAUGCCAAAGCCUCUACAGCACGAAGAUAGAAUCCAAUUAGCACUCGAGGCCUUACGUUCAGGCCAAAUCAAAAUCAUUCGCAAGGCUGCGGAUGCGUUUGGUGUACCGAAGUCCACUCUCCACAGACGCGUCAAGGGGGGCGGUACGCGUCAAGAAGCUCAAGUCAAGAACCGAAAGCUACGCCCAACUGAAGAAGCAGCCUUGAUUCAAUGGAUCGAGUCAUUGGACGACCGUGGGAUGUCGCCGACGAUCGGUUAUAUCCGACAGAUGGCUGACCUUCUUCUCCGCGAGCGUGGAGGCUUCACUCUACUCGACGCGUCUCUUACAUCCACCCCGGUCCCGGCAAUGACUGUCGGUGAGAACUGGGUCCAGCGGCUUCUUCAUCGGCAUCCCCAUCUGGAGACGAAGUAUUCUAGAAAGUACGACUAUCAACGGGCCUUAUGCGAGGAUCCAGAGAAGAUUUCAGCGUGGUUUGCACGAGUGCAAAGGACCAUCAACGAAUACGGUGUUCUUGACAGCGACAUCUACAACUUUGACGAGACUGGUUUCCAGAUGGGUGUUGCAAGCACGUCUAAAGUGGUCACUCGAUCUGACCGACGGAAUCGACCUGUUGUUAUCCAGCCGGGAAAUCGAGAGUGGACAACUGUCAUCGAGUGCAUUAACGCAUCCGGCUGGAGUGUUGACCCGAUGAUUAUCUUUGAAGGAAAAGUCCACAUUUCGUCGUGGUACGACGGCUCAGUGCUGCCAAAGACAUGGCGGAUUGGAGUCAGCGAUAACGGCUGGACAACCGAUGAGCUUACCUUCGAGUGGCUUCGAGAAGUCUUCGAGCCACAACUCGAAAACGGACUGUUGGUCGAUAUCGGCUUCUCAUUCUCGAUGGUCAUGGAAGCCAUUCGACGCCUGCAUUCGACAAAUUCUGUACUGAGCAUCGGAUCCUUACAGAGUGUAUGCCUCCGCACUCGUCGUACUACCUCCAGCCCCUUGACGUUAGCUGUUUCGCUGUGCUUAAGCGGACGUACGGCGACCUUGUCAAAGCGAAGAUAG